ACCAGGAAACGGGAAAGAUGGCGACUACUCCGCGACGUUGAGGCCGCGUUGGGCGGUUCAGAGUCAGGGUGAUGGCCGGAGAGCUGGCCGACAAGAAGGACCGUGACGCAUCACCUUCCAAGGAGGAACGGAAGCGAUCUCGGACUCCUGACAGAGAGCGGGAAAGAGACCGGGACCGGAAGUCUUCCCCCGCAAAGGAUAGGAAGCGCCACCGCUCCAGGGAUAGACGCCGAGGGGGCAGCCGUUCUCGCUCCCGUUCCCGCUCCAAGUCUACAGAAAGAGAACGGCGGCACAAAGAGCGAGAACGGGACAAGGAGCGAGAUCGGAACAAGAAGGACCGGGAUCGGGACAAGGAUGGACACAGACGGGACAAGGACCGUAGACGAUCCAGCUUAUCUCCUGGCCGAGGAAAAGAUUUUAAAUCUCGGAAGGAUCGAGACUCCAGGAAGGAUGAAGAGGAUGAACACGGUGAUAAGAAACUCAAGGCCCAGCCAUUAUCCUUGGAGGAGCUACUGGCCAAGAAGAAGGCUGAGGAAGAAGCUGAGGCUAAGCCCAAGUUCCUCUCCAAAGCAGAGCGAGAGGCUGAAGCCCUGAAGCGGCGGCAGCAGGAGGUGGAAGAGCGGCAGAAAAUGCUUGAGGAGGAGAGGAAGAAGAGGAAGCAGUUCCAAGACAUGGGCAGAAAGAUGUUGGAAGACCCUCAGGAACGGGAACGGCGGGAACGGAGGGAGAGGAUGGAGCGGGAGACCAAUGGGAAUGAGGAUGAAGAAGGGCGGCAGAAAAUCCGGGAAGAGAAGGACAAGAGCAAGGAGCUGCAUGCCAUUAAGGAGCGUUACCUGGGCGGUAUCAAGAAGCGGCGCCGAACGAGGCAUCUCAAUGACCGCAAGUUUGUCUUUGAGUGGGAUGCGUCCGAGGACACAUCCAUCGACUACAACCCCCUGUACAAAGAACGGCACCAGGUGCAGUUGUUGGGGCGCGGUUUCAUUGCAGGCAUUGACCUAAAGCAGCAGAAGCGAGAGCAGUCCCGUUUCUACGGAGACCUGAUGGAGAAGAGACGAACUCUGGAGGAGAAGGAGCAGGAGGAGGCAAGACUGCGCAAACUCCGCAAGAAGGAAGCCAAGCAGCGCUGGGAUGAUCGCCACUGGUCCCAGAAGAAGUUAGACGAGAUGACAGACCGGGACUGGCGCAUCUUCCGGGAGGACUACAGCAUCACCACCAAAGGUGGCAAGAUCCCCAACCCCAUCCGGUCCUGGAAGGACUCUUCUCUCCCUCCGCACAUCCUGGAGGUCAUUGAUAAGUGUGGCUACAAGGAACCAACACCCAUCCAGCGUCAGGCAAUUCCCAUAGGGCUGCAGAACCGUGACAUCAUCGGUGUAGCCGAGACCGGCAGUGGCAAGACAGCAGCCUUCCUCAUCCCGUUGCUCGUGUGGAUCACCACACUCCCCAAGAUUGACAGGAUCGAGGAGUCAGACCAGGGGCCUUAUGCCAUCAUCCUGGCCCCCACCCGAGAGCUGGCCCAGCAGAUUGAGGAAGAGACCAUCAAGUUUGGGAAGCCCCUGGGCAUCCGCACCGUGGCCGUCAUUGGCGGCAUCUCCAGAGAAGACCAGGGCUUCAGGCUGCGCAUGGGUUGUGAGAUUGUGAUUGCUACCCCGGGGCGUCUCAUUGAUGUGCUGGAGAACCGCUACCUGGUGCUGAGCCGCUGUACCUAUGUGGUUCUGGAUGAGGCUGAUAGGAUGAUUGACAUGGGCUUUGAACCAGAUGUCCAGAAGAUUCUGGAGCACAUGCCUGUCAGCAACCAGAAGCCAGACACCGAUGAGGCUGAAGACCCAGAGAAGAUGUUGGCCAACUUUGAGUCAGGAAAACAUAAGUACCGUCAAACAGUCAUGUUCACGGCCACCAUGCCACCAGCAGUGGAGCGCCUGGCUCGGAGUUACCUUCGGCGACCUGCUGUGGUGUACAUCGGCUCUGCGGGCAAGCCCCACGAACGAGUGGAACAGAAGGUCUUCCUCAUGUCCGAGUCAGAGAAGAGGAAAAAGCUGCUGGCAAUCUUGGAACAAGGCUUUGAUCCACCCAUCAUCAUUUUUGUCAACCAGAAGAAGGGCUGCGAUGUGCUGGCCAAGUCCCUGGAGAAGAUGGGGUACAAUGCUUGCACCCUGCAUGGUGGGAAAGGCCAGGAGCAGCGAGAGUUUGCACUGUCCAACCUCAAGGCCGGGGCCAAGGAUAUUUUGGUGGCUACAGAUGUGGCUGGCCGUGGUAUCGACAUCCAAGAUGUGUCCAUGGUUGUCAACUAUGAUAUGGCCAAAAACAUUGAAGAUUAUAUCCAUCGGAUUGGCCGUACAGGACGAGCAGGCAAGAGUGGUGUGGCCAUCACCUUCCUUACCAAAGAGGACUCUGCUGUGUUCUAUGAGCUGAAGCAAGCCAUCUUGGAGAGCCCUGUGUCCUCCUGCCCCCCGGAACUGGCCAACCACCCAGAUGCCCAGCACAAGCCAGGCACUAUCCUCACCAAGAAGCGCCGGGAAGAGACCAUCUUUGCCUGACCCAGCGUUCUCCCUCAGGGUUAAGGGCCUGCUCUGCAGCUGGCUAAUGCUGGUUCUCCAGGACACUCACACCCCUCUCCAGGUCUUUACUCUGAGUGUGAGAGCUUACGGAACAAGACUUCCUGGCCCAGACCUACAGGUCGGAAGGGCUGGGCUUCAGGAGGCGCAGAGGGAGCAAUCGGCCCCAGUUCUGCUUCUCUGUGAGGCUCGGGGAUUGCAGGAGCCCGUCGGCUCUUGGCAGGAUAGGGGACAGCCGGUUGGCAUCGUCCCCUGGACUGGACUAGAACCUGCCUGCCUGGUUGGGAGCGCCUUUGGCAGACUUGGCUGCCGCAACUCCUUUCCCAGGAUGACCGGGGAAGAGGGCACCCUGCAGGUCACGGGUCUCAGGCUCCUGUUGUUUUUUUGGCAGCCGUUUUCACAUGUGCGUCUCGGGAGCUGAUAGAGCCGUGUAGGACCCCUGUGCCAAGGGGUACCAUGCACUCUUGGCGUCCCUCGCCCAGGACGUUUUUAGUAGAUAUGGAAUCAGGGCAAACUGGUUGUGUUCAUCUUCUAUGUCACCGAGUGAAAUCCGUGUUUCCUGUUCUCUGAGAAGAUGAGUGUGUAUGUUCUGAGAAUAAAUACAUGGGUAUUAA